GACGUUGAUGAGAGGGGGCAGCAGGUGCUGAGGAUGGGAGCCGUGUAUCGGAGGGGGGAGGGGACGGUGGCGUGGGUUGGGGGAAGGGCGUACGAGGACGAGGGGGUGGUUGAUUUGAUUGAGAAGAUUGCUGCUAAGGCUGAAGACGAGGGAAGUAGGAGAAGAAUACGGCACGGUCGAGAUUUUGAAACCCUCACACAUUUUCUGAUGCACCCGUAUUGGUACCGAGUCUGGUUCAUUCAAGAGCUCGCACUCAGUCGGGAGAUCGUGAUUCUAGCGGGCAGGAAGCAGACGACAUGGGACAAGAUUCAAGAAGGCGUCCCUUGUCUCAAGCGUAAGAGCUCGGCUACUCUACACCUGGACGACCUGGAGAAACUCCGCAGAGAUGCAAGAGAGAGCAAGCCCAUUCGUUUGCUUGAAGCCCUCUUCCGUAGCUGGGUGGCACUUGCUUCGGAUAGCCACGACAGAAUCUUUGCGUUGUUUGGAUUAACAUACGAUGACUCUAUUUAUGUUUCGCAUCCGAAUUACUCCACACCCGUAGCCGACUUGUGGCAGGCAAUGACGGUUUCUGCGCUGGGAUGGACGAAAGACCUGGAUACGAUCGUUUUUCUCGGUAACGACUCUGGAGACUUCAAGGAGCCGACCUGA